AUGGGGCAGUUAUUGAGUUUCAACGCUACACAUGAAGAGGUGCCCGAAGAUGUAAAGGAGAAGGUGGAGCCGAUUGAGUACACGCCUGCGUCGGAGGAAAACCGGCCGCAGGAUGAUCGGUUUUGCGCCAACUGUGGGGAGCCGUACUUUUAUUACUUUACGCCAAGUACAAACUGUAACUGGUGCGGUGGACAAUUCUGUACGCGGUGCUGCCCUAACCGACAUCUUCUAGGGGGCAAACCAGGCUGUCCUGAAUGCACCCGCAGGGCGUAUUUGAUCAAGCGGAAAGAGCUGUUGGAUGAUCAUCUGGCUUCACUCCGGAAGAAAGGUGAGAGGCCGGCGGAGGUUAAUUUUGCGUUGGAGUGCUAG